AUGUCGGAUACUACAUCUGCGACCGACUCGGUCAUUACGACCGUGAUAACUACUACCUCGGUCAGCUUAACGACCUCUCCCACCACCACUGUAAUUGUGACCGAUACCUCGACUUCUACCCCAGAGACAACUCCUGUUGCGCCCACAACAACAUCGUUUGUUACAGUCCCAACCUCGACCACGGUGGUAGAACCCACCACUUCCCAGUCCGUCAUUGAUGUGACUCAAACCACAACAAUAACCCCUAAUCAACCGACCACUUCUGCACUCCCGCCAACCACCCCAUCAGUACUGGUUAUCACUUCCACAAAGCCUGGCGAGUCUACUCCCAUAACACAAACCAGCACGAUUUCCUCGGCUACUUCCACGAGCGCAUCCUCAACUGCUUCAGCCUUGAGUGCUUCAGGCAAUGGAUCGGGUGGUUCCAAAGGCCUUUCUGAUGGAGGCAAGAUUGCAAUUGCAGUUGUGAUCCCCAUCAUUGCCAUUGCUGCCGCUUUCUUUAUUGGCUUCUUUUUAUGGAGGAAGAGAAAGGCCAGAAAAACCAACGAAGAACUCCGAAAGAAUGAGAUGGCUGAAUACGGCUUCAAUCCCAACAGUGACCCAACAUUGGCAGGUGCCGGCACCGCAUAUACUGACAAUGCCUCCGAGGCCCAAGAAGACAACAGUGGCUAUCGUGGAUGGGGUGCUACUUCGUCCAAUCGUAAAGCCUCUACCACUUUGGGCUCGAAUGGUAGAGCCGCUGCUGGUCUUGCUUUGUCCGAAAGCAGCAGUCAACCAGGAGGAUAUCACGGCUCACCUAAUGCGCCUUCUGACGCUUAUUCUACCGACCCAUUGAUGAAUGGACAUCCUGAGAGUGGUGAUGGUGUCGGUGCACUUGGAGUGGGAGCCGGUCUCAACCGAAACCGCAGUGGUGUCCGUCGAGGCCCUUCCAAUGCCUCAUCAACCUAUUCCGAAGGUCAUGUAUCUGAGCUAUCAUCUGAUAACCAAAGUGUUCCCGGGCCUUACUAUCAAGAAGAGGUCCCAUACAACAUCUAUAACGACGCCGCCCCUAGCCACGGCCCUUACGGAGAUGGUUCAUAUGGUGGAACCAAUAAUCCUCCUGUGAUAAGAGACGUUCAAGCCCGGAGAAACACUCGGAUCGAAAGAGCACCAACGUUCCCUCAAACACAAGGUGGAAUUUCGCAGAAUUUCUAA